AUGUCCGGUCGCCAACAGCGUGUGAUGGUUCAGCCCAUCAAUGUGAUUUUCAAGAAUCUGCAGCAGCGCACGAAAGUGGUCAUCUGGCUUUACGAUAAUAUCGAGAUGCGCAUCGAAGGGAGAAUCAUUGGGUUUGAUGAGUUCAUGAAUGUUGUGAUAGAUGAGGCUACUGAAGUGUACGUCAAGGAUGCCAAGCCGCAACGAGAACUUGGGCGUAUAUUGUUGAAGGGCGAUAAUAUCACGCUCAUUCAACAAGUGGUAUAG